GUAAUACGUCAGAUCUCAAUUCUCACCCGACAAAACUUCCCCUCUGUAAUUGAACAAUGGAAUAAAACGAAAAAGAAACAGGUGGAAUAUGGAGUCACCGAUCAAACCCAUGCCGGAAUCCACGUCGAAACCAUCGUCCUCAUCUCCUACAUUGCCCGAAAACGGUAAUGGCGAACAAGAAGAAGAGCAACUGGUGCCUAUAAACGGAUUUUGCACUGAAAUCUGCAGUGAAAUUCAGCUGCCAUUGCUUUGUCCAGCUGAAAAAUGCUUUGAAACAUCCCCGAGUCCGCAUGCACUUCCCUGCGCUGAAAAUGGCGGAGAAACAAUAGACAGCUCCAAACAUCAAUGCUUGACUCCGAAAGUGUCUGCCAAGAGACCAGAAGCUGGAAAUAAUGGUGUUAACAAGAAGCCGCUAAGAAGGUCUCCAAGGUUCAUUGAAGCAACUGGAAAUGCUGGUAGUGGUGGAUCUAUCAAGAAAUUCCAAAAUUGUGGCAUGAUUUAUGGUGGGAAUCAAUUAAGAAGGUCCCCAAGGUUCAUUAGGGCAACUGAAAACGAUGGGAAUAAGCAACCCAAGUCUGCAAGUUUUAUUGGGGAAAGGGGGAGUGGUGCACCCCACCCUUUGAGGAAAGCUGAUAUGGUCAUAAUGAACUUGCUAUUUCAAGCAUCUCUUUGGGCAAAGGCACAUGGUUAA